AUGAAGGCAAAAUUGUUGAUCAUCGGUGCCGGUCCAUCUGGCCUAGCCGCGGGAGAGCGCCUCAUAGACUCCUCAUUCCAAGACUUCAUCAUCUUGGAAGCGAGACACCGUAUUGGAGGUCGUAUCAAUUCUAUUCUUCAAGGCUCAUCGUACAUCGAACUUGGUGCUCAGUGGAUUCAUGGGGAAGAAGGCAACGUCACGUAUGGAAUCGCCAAAGCGCAAGAUCUUCUUUCGCGUGGAAAAGACGGAAGCAGUCAAUUCAUGUUGGACGAGGCUUCUGAAUGGUCAAAUGUCUUGUUCCUGAGGAGUGAUGGAUCCGCUCUGAUGGACUCGAGCAGUCGAAAAAUUGGUUUCGUGACAUCGAUGAUGGAGUCUAUGGAGCUAGGGCUGGACUGUGACGAAUACAGAAGUGCCGGAAAUCAUCACGUAGCCGCGUUCAACGAGAUGUUGCAAGAAAAUCGCUUUCAUGAAUUGCAGGCAGAAAGAGAAGCAAUUUUAGAUUGGAUACAUCGAUACAUCAAUUCCGUUGAUGCAGCUGAUGAUUGGGAACAGGUAGCAAACGCGAAUACCUACUGGCGGUGUCCAGGGAAUACGAAUGUUUGUCUUGAACCGAAGCUUGGAUAUGUAUCGGUUCUGAAUCAUCUAAAGCGGAAAUUCGGAGAUCAACAUUUAAUGCUCGGAAAGGAAGUGACGGAGAUAAACUACUCGAACAAAUCGAUUAUUGCUGUCACUUGCGCUGACGGAACGAGAUUUGAAUGCCAGAAAUGCAUUCUUACUUUGCCGCUUGGAGUUCUCAAGAAUAGACCGGGUAUCUUCGUUCCGAGUCUCCCUCAGCGGAAAAAGGAUGCUAUCGACGCUUUGGGAUUCGGUGCUGUGGACAAAAUAUUCUUGAUUUUUAAAACUCGUUGGUGGCCAGAAACUGCUGGGGGUGGCUUCAGUUUUCUUUGGACGAAUGAACCUGAGCCAGAAUAUCAGUUGGCCAUUAUUCGCUGGAAUGAGCGCAAAAAAUUUUGCACUCUUUUUCAGGGAUGGCCCCGGUCUCUUCUGGGAUUUUAUGCAGACCCCGGUUACGAAAACGUCUUGUGUGGUUGGAUUAGUGGCGACGGCGCUCGUGCGAUGGAAAAGGUUCCCGUCGAAAAAGUUGAAUAUGUAUGUGUAGCACUUCUGCGGAAAUUCACGCGUGGUCUCAACUUGGAUAUUCCCGAACCAGUGGCGAUACAUCGGUCUACCUGGGGGUCCGAUGAAUUUUCCCGAGGUUCUUACUCGUACAGAUCUGUGGUUUGUGAUGAAAAGGGAAUCGGUGCUGUGGAUCUUGCUGAGCCAGUUUGUGAUGGAAGCGAGAAUCGGUUGUAUUUUGCUGGAGAAGCGACCCACUCGAACUUCUAUUCCACCGUUCAUGGUGCUAUCGAAACCGGUUAUCGUGAAGCGGAUCGCUUCAUCGAAGAUGAGAAACGAGAUCUUUUAAAAUAACUGAAAAUUAUAAAUAUCCCCGUUUCUUUUUCUUCAUUGAUAAAAACCGGUGAAUAGUUUUGUUUAGCGCUUAUUUUUAUGUUUGGGCAUCUCGCAAGAAGGUUGAAGGUUACAUUUUUCCAAUCCCGGGUGAGUCUGCAAUAUGUUAUUUCUAUUUUGUUACCUGGGAUAUUUUGUCGCAAAUUUAUUGCGAAUGAAUCGGAACUUUUGACUGGAUUCGAAGGUUCGAAUGGUAUUGAUUGAUUCGAAACAAUCGACUUUUGAAUAAAUGUUUUCCUCAGAA